AUGGACGUCACAGCCGCACCGCGACCUCACUCGUGAGUUUCUGAUGGAGUUUUGAAUUUUCCUGAAAUAAAGAAUGUUUUUUUUAUUGAAGUUUGAUGUGGGAAUAGUGAAAAAAUAUAGUUUUUCAGAAAUGACUUGAAACUUUUGGAAGAAUAGCUAAGUUACAUAUAGUUCGCACAGUUUUUGUCUGCGUCUCUCUGUUCCCUCACCGGCGAGGUCAGAGAAAAAUGAAAAAAGCGCGACAACAUGAAAGAGACGUCGAGAGACGAGGAGGGUGCAGAGAAGUGUCGUCCUUUCAAGUCGAGGAAAAUGGACUAUAUUCCGGAUCGGAAAAAAAGUUUUAUGAAUCGGCUCUAGAUAUCAUAAUGAAAAAAUAUUCAAGUUUUGAGACCUGAAGACAAAAAAAAAUUUAACGUUUUUCUACUUUUUAGCACAAAGGCGUUGCGAAAAAACGUCAUUUUAACCGAUUAUUUUUUUAUUUACAGCUAUUUCUUCUAUGUAGAAUCGUAGCCGAUUGUAUGUUUCCCUCAAUUUUUUCCCAAAACGGUUCAGGGAAACUGCAUAAACAACAAUGAAAUGUCAAAAAUGCAACGAAAUAUACGACGUUUUUUGGUCAGCGAGGGGCGUGGCCUUGCGGUCCCUACCUGAAGUUAUUUGAAAACUACUCGAUCUUACAUUUUUCAUGAAGUUCCAGUGGAAUCUGUUUGAAAGGAUCAAUCAAAUUACAGUAGCCCGCGAAACAGCGCCACUGCGCGUCCAACGCAAGCGUACUAUGUGCCGCGGAGACUGCUCGAGUGCGGUCGCGGGCCGCUGCCAACCGCCGAAGGCAACGCGGACAGGACCCAACAGGUUUCAGCCAUUUCAGUGGGGGAAAAGUGCGCUCCAGCGAACAAUUUCAUUGUUUUAAUCACGAGUAUUGAUCAGUAUUUGCUACAUCAGAAAUAUACAUGAAAAGUUAAGCGAAAAUGUGGCUUCUUUUAAAAGAAAAAAUAAGAAUUUAGGAAUUUUAGAAUGGUCCCUAUAGGGGUCGAAAAAAUGGUUCCUAUAGUGGUAAAAUCAAGUUGGUCGCUACAGGAGUUUAGGGUCUGACCCCUUAGCCUCUAAAGCUUGAGUGGUCCCUGUAGGGGUUUUUCGCUUAUUUAUUUAGUUUUGGAAAUGCUUCUUCGCAUAGAGUUUAUAAAAAUUAUCGACUAGCAGGUCCCCUAUAGGGGCCACUAACUGAAACCCUUAUAAUGACCACUUUUUCAAGCAUUAGGGGCUCGUAAAGUGAGGCCUAGAGGGGAUACUAAGGUUGCCCCUGUAGGGACCACUAUGAAGCUCCAAGGGUCUCAAAAAUUUAGGAGAACUGGUAAAGGAUGAUUCUCCCUAUCAAAACGAGAUUUCAAAAAAAAAAAUUCUAGACAAAGUUACCUGUACUUUCCCGGAUCGAAUAAUCAGAGAUGUUGUUCUUUGGAGCGUACUUGGAGAGAUUUUCAAGCCGUGGUGUGAAAAAAGCUUAUGAAAAUGUCUUCCAGACUGUGCUCCGUCCACAGCCCCCAGUGUCCAAACCGCGUCCCCUAAUGGCCGAACUCCUCCCGCCGCCCGCUUCUCUCAAGGUUUGUUGAAAUCAAAAAAAAAAAACAAGAAAUAUCCAUCAUUAUUGUCACAAAAUUUGAAGAUUUUUUAAAUGUAAAAAUGUUCUAUAUUAGCAAAAUAGUGUAGGAAAACAAGAGGUUCUUAUUCUGACCUAAAAUAUUUUACGACAGUUUAAAGAUAAGCGGACUGUAUUUUAAAGCUUCAACAUUUUCAAAAUUACCAAAUUAAGGUUUCUCUUCUUAAAGUUUUCCGUUGAAGCAGAGGUUUCAUGGCGUUUGCAAAGCCCACUAAAAAGUCGUCAAGUAUGUUGUUUCUUGUGCAUGCACCGCCGACGAAAACCUACAUACUGCCAAUAGUUUUUAUGAUUUUUAAGUACACGGCGUUUCUGCCAGUUGAAGAAAAUGCAAGGAAUUUGAAACUCGGCAAAAUCUGCGCACUUCUCGAAAUUCGCCCGCGAAAUUUGAAAAAGUGGCUUUAUUUUUGAUUUUUUGUCAAUUUUUUCAUAUUUUUUCACUUUUUCUUUUCGUAGAUUGCUGAUAGUAUUGCGGGACCACGAUCGGGGUAUAAUCUGGGCUGUUAGACGUUUUUUGAAAGUAGUUCUUUUUUGUGCAUGCACUAAACACGUCCUAAUUGACGGAGAAAAGUGGGCGGGGCGUCGCAAAAGAAACACCGUGAGUAGACAAAAACACUUUUUGAAGCUAAAGAAAAUGAAAAAUUAAUAAUUUGCUUAUUUAUCUUCAAUAACGGAACGAGAAGUACUAAAGGAAUCAACUUUUUUUAAAUUUGUUUCAAAUAUUUUUAAAAAUGAUUUGAUUGCUGCUGAAAGCGAUGAUGAAGAAUGAAAAACCAGUUAGAAAAAAAGAAAUUAAAAACAGUUUUGUACGAGAAAAAAACUGCAUUAACGAUCAUUUGAAGAAGUUCAUUUUUGAAAAUCAUAGUGAAAAAAAUUUUUUUCAAGGCAUUCUCUUGCAUAGAACACAUAAUGAAACUUCUAAACAUUGUUUUUGGUCAACAGAUCUUGAAAAAAUGUUCAAAAACGGAUCAAGAGUGAAGAGGAACUGAGCUAAAAAGUCCUUUUUAAAAUCACCUAAAAUCAAAAUAACAAUAAUUUCUAUUAUGAACCUUUUCCAGGAGAAGCAACGCCAGCCAGCGAAAAACUCGCAAAAUCGUCGGUCGCCACCGGCUUCCACCCAAUCGCCAGCCGCCGGCCACAAAAAACCACAAAAACUGAACACGCCACGAAAGUCGCAGGAAUCGUCCAAGCAGAUCUACGUCGCGCCGCCGCAGUCGACCUCGCCAAAGUCUUCGUACUCGUCGUCGCGGUCCUCGUCGUCGAUGUCGCAGCUCUCGCCGCAAGCGCCAAAGAGAGCCACCACGACGACGACGCAGACCCUGACGACGUCCGUCCCGCGCGUCAUCGCCCCCAAGGGACCUCAGAAGUACACUCUGAGCCGGCCCAACCAGUUCUGCACCGUCGUGUCGCCGUCCGACCCCAAGGACGGCUGCAUCUGCGACAGAGCCAAGACGCAUGUCCUUUGCAAGAGGUUCAUAGAUUUUUUUUUUCUCAAAUUUCGAAAGUUUAUAAUGGCGUGUACCUUGCCCGAAACGAAAAUUCUUCAAAUUAAAAAAAGUCAUGAUUAAACGCUUCAUUGAAAGAGGGGCUUGAUCUACUGCCAAGGAAUCUUAGAGCGCAUUUUCUUUGAAUGAUUUCAAUGAUCUUCGCAUCCAGGUAGAGGUACAACUGUCAAAAAUACUUUUCGUUUCAAGACCUUAUAAUCAUUUUAUCAUUGCUGGUUCAAGUUUGAAAAUUUAUAGAUGCUUUUAUUAGGACUAUAGAAGUCUUUGUUGCUUCCCAGCUUUUUUUGGAAAAAACAACAAUAAUUCAAAUUUAAAACGGAAAAAUCGUUUAAUAAUGCGGUGAAUAAGUUAUUUUCCCAUGUACGGACCGUAAAAUUUUGAGAACCCCAUUCCCUUAAAUAAUAGUAAAAAGGAAAAAUGUUUCCAGAUGCGGCUACGAAGGCUUCGGCCGCGUGCAGAUCGUCUGCGGCGCCCAUCCGCUGAUGCUGGCGCUGAACGACCUCCGCGAGUGCCCCAACCCCCUGUGCCGAAGCAUCCAACUCGUCGAAGCCGCCGACGCGGCCAUCGACACCGACGGCCUCGAUUUGGCCGUCGAGAAAAUCGAUCUCUCUCAUGUUUGA